AUGUACCGCUCCACUAAGGGCGCCUCCAAGGCGCGCCGCGAUCAGAUCAACGCUGAGAUCCGGAACCUCAAGGAACUACUGCCGCUGGCCGAGGCGGACAAGGUCCGGCUGUCCUACCUGCACAUUAUGAGUCUUGCCUGCAUCUACACUCGCAAGGGAGUCUUCUUCUCUGGAGGCUCUCCUCUGGCGGGCCCCACGGGGCUUCUCUCAGCUCAAGAGCUUGAAGACAUCGUGGCAGCACUGCCUGGCUUUCUGCUUGUGUUCACUGCUGAAGGGAAGCUUCUGUAUCUGUCCGAGAGCGUGAGCGAGCAUCUGGGGCACUCCAUGGUGGACCUGGUGGCCCAGGGUGACAGUAUCUACGACAUCAUUGACCCAGCUGAUCACCUCACUGUGCGCCAGCAACUCACCCUGCCCUCUGCCCUGGACACUGAUCGCCUCUUCCGCUGUCGAUUCAACACCUCGAAGUCCCUCAGGCGCCAGAGCACAGGCAACAAGCUGGUGCUUAUUCGAGGCCGAUUCCACCCUCAUCCACCUGGGGCCUACUGGGCAGGAAACCCUGUGUUCACAGCUUUCUGUGCCCCGCUGGAGCCAAGACCCCGCCCUGGCCCCGGGCCUGGCCCUGGCCCUGCCUCACUCUUCCUGGCCAUGUUCCAGAGCCAUCAUGCCAAGGACCUGGCCCUACUGGACAUUUCUGAGAGUGUCCUAAUCUACCUGGGCUUUGAGCGCAGUGAACUGCUUUGUAAAUCAUGGUAUGGACUGCUGCAUCCCGAGGACCUGGCCCACGCUUCUGCUCAACACUAUCGCCUGUUGGCUGACAGUGGAGAUAUUCAGGCAGAGAUGGUAGUGAGACUGCAAGCCAAGCCUGGAGGCUGGGCAUGGAUUUACUGCCUUUUGUACUCAGAAGGUCUGGAGGGUCCUAUUACUGCAAAUAACUACCCAAUCAGUGACUCGGAAGCCUGGAGCCUCCGCCAGCAGCUGAAUUCUGAAGACACCCAGGCAGCCUAUGUCCUGGGUACCUCCACCAUGCUUCCCUCAUUCUCUGAGAAUAUCCUCUCCCAGGAGCAGUGCUCCAGCCCUAACCCACUCUUCACCCCAGCAUUAGCAGCUGCCAGAAGCACCAAUUUCCCCAGCGCUCCUGAACUUGGUAUUGUCUCAGCAUCAGAAGAGCUUCCCCGGCCCCCCAAAGAGCUGGACUUCAGUUACCUGACAUUCCCUGCUGGGCCUGAGCCUUCUCUCCAAGCAGACAUGAGCAAGGACCUUGUGUGCACCCCACCCUACACGCCCCACCGGCCGGGAGGCUGUGCCUUCCUCUUCAGUCUCCAUGAGCCCUUCCAGACCCACCUGCCCACCCCAUCCAGCUCUCUUCGAGAACAGCUGACUCUGAGCACUGCAACUUUCUCUGAUCAGUUGACACCCAGCAGUGCAACCUUCCCAGAUCCACUAACUAGCCCACUACAAGGCCAGUUGACUGAAGUCCCGGCCAGAAGCUAUGAAGACCAGCUGGCUCCUUGCACCUCCACCUUCCCAGAACAGCUGCUGCCCAGCACUUCCACCUUCCCAGAGUCUCUGGGCAGCCCUUCCCAUGAGCAGCUGACUCCUCCCAGCACAGCAUUCCAAGCACAUCUGAGCAGUCCCAGCCAAACUUUCCCAGAACAGCUGAGCCCCAACCCCACCAAGACUUACUUCGCCCAGGAGGGAUGCAGUUUUCUCUAUGAGAAGUUGCCCCCAAGUCCUAGCAGCCCUGGUAAUGGGGACUGCACACUCCUGGCCCUGGCCCAACUCCGGGGCCCCCUCUCUGUGGAUGUCCCUCUGGUGCCCGAUGGCCUGCUCACACCAGAGGCCUCUCCAGUUAAGCAGAGUUUCUUCCACUACUCCGAGAAGGAGCAGAAUGAGAUAGACCGCCUCAUUCAACAGAUCAGCCAGUUAGCUCAGGGCAUGGACAGGCCCUUCUCGGCUGAGGCUGCCACCGGUGGGCUGGAGCCACUGGGAGGGCUGGAGCCCCUGGACUCCAACCUGUCCCUGUCAGGGGCUGGCCCCCCUGUGCUCAGCCUGGACCUGAAACCCUGGAAAUGCCAGGAGCUGGACUUCCUGGCUGACCCUGAUAACAUAUUCCUGGAAGAGACGCCCGUGGAAGACAUCUUCAUGGAUCUCUCCACCCCAGCCCCCAAUGGGGAAUGGGGUUCGGAGGAUCCUGAGGCAGCGGGCCCAGGAGAGGCCCCAUCGCCUUGCAACAACCUGUCCCCAGAAGACCACAGCUUCCUGGAGGACCUGGCCACAUAUGAAACCGCCUUUGAGACAGGUGUCUCAGCAUUCCCCUAUGAUGGGUUCACUGAUGAGUUGCAUCAACUCCAGAGCCAAGUUCAAGACAGCUUCCAUGAAGAUGGAAGUGGAGGGGAACCAACGUUUUGAAUAAGUCUGUGACUUAACGUCGUCAAGUAUGGCAUAUUGUCAUCAAGACGUGGAGCCGCUCUCCACCCCCC